AUGUCAAGAAAACGCGAGGGGAGUUCGAACACGAGCGCAUCGAGAAAGCCGAGAUACGAAGAUGUGAUCAUGAUCGCGGACAGCAGUGACGAUGAGCAAAGCCAGGUUCCUCCUGCCGGUGACGACGAGUGUAUGAUUAUCGAAGACAAAUGCAUCCCUCCAGAUCGCCGAUCCGUCAGUGUCGAAAGUCGAGAAGUUCCUGGCAGUUCGAAAGAGACAGCACCAAAGCAAUUGCUUCAUAAUUGGGCGUGCCCAAUUUGCGAUCAGAAGUUUGGCAUGGAUUUGGUUUCGCUUGAAAUCCACGCUGCAUUAUGCAACGGCAAGCCGAUAGUUCCACAUUCUCCGAACUUGAAUCACGAGAAGCCAUCAACAAGCCAGAACUUAGGGUUGCCGCAGCCUGUGUUACAGAUAAACAUAUGGCCGAAACCUAAGCCACCUUCUUUGAUUCCUAACAGAACAAGGACUGUUGGUGAUGACUUACUGCCAUGCCCACUUUGCGGAAAGAAAUUUCACCUGGAAAUUCUUCAAGUGCACGCAGCAGAAUGUACUGGAGCACCAGAGGAAGAAGUUCCGCCAUCGACAAGCAAGCAAGGUACACCAAAGCCGUUGGAAAAGGUGGCUUGCCCACUCUGUGGAGAAGAAUACGACCUGGUUACUCUCCAAGUCCACGCAGCUGAAUGCAGCGGAGCGCCAGAACCUCCACAUUCAUCAAACGUCAACCAUAAGAAGCCCUCGACAAGCAAGGCUUUGGAGAAGGUGGCAUGCCCACUCUGUAGCGAGCAGUUCGAGCUGGAGAUCCUUCAAAUCCACGCGGCGGAGUGUAAUGGAGAGCCAGCCAAGACGGGAGAAGCUCCCUCUCACUCAUCGUACUCCAAUCCAGGGCCGUCCACAAGCCAACAUCCAGACAUUUCAAAGCCUCCUGCAAAGCCCGUGAAAAAGCCUGUGAAGAAAAACGCCUCAGAGACCAGAAAAAUUAGAAAUGAGAAGAUUUCGGAGAUCACACAGCCUGUUAGUGAUGAUGUACCUCUUUCUGAUCUUGGAACAGUUCACUGUCUCGAUGCUCCAAGUCCGACCCACGCUUUCUACGACUCCAAAACUCGCCACCCGAAGACAUUCCUAAAAAUCUACAACGCCGAAUUAAAGCGACUCCGCACUUCGAUGCCAAAAGGAAUUCACCUGUGGCAUUAUGAGAGUCGUCUCGAUUUGCUUUCAUUUGCCAUCGAAGGCCCACCUGGCACCCCUUACGAGUUCUGCAUUUUCACCUUCGAUGUGUUAUUACCAGCCGGAUAUCCGCUCACGAAAGCACCAAAAGUCCACUACAGAUCAACCAUCGGCGAUGGUAGAGAUGGCAUGGCUCACAGAAUCAACCCGAAUCUCUACUCAAAUGGAAAGGUCUGCCUAUCUCUCCUUGGAACUUGGUCUGGAAGUGGCUGCGAGAAGUGGAGCUAUACUUCGAAUAUUUUGCAGCUGGUAGUGUCGCUUCAAGGUCUCACACUCAAUGCGGAGCCGUAUUUCAACGAACCUGGAUUCGAGGCACACAGAAACACCCCCGAUGGUGUAGUACGCUCAAGGAACUAUAAUGAGAACCUAACAACAUUACUUUGCGAUCACGUGGUCACAACAAUCAGAAAUCCAGGAGCGCCAUUUGAGGAGCUGGUAAGGGAAAGCUACUUUGGAUCUAAGGAGAGCAACAAAGAGGGAAUGCUCGGCAAAUUCAUUCAAAAGAUGGAAAAUCUAAUAGCCAACCGACCAGACAAUUUGCCCUACCCUUUACGUCCAUUCACGAACUCUAAGAAACCAUUUCUCACAGGAAAAUUACAACCGCUGAAGAAAAUCAAAGCCGAACAUGAUAGAAAAAAUAGCAUCUUCUUCUGCCUAAAUUAUUUUCAUCGCUCAUAA